ACCAGCUAGACAGGCAGCAGUUCAACCUCAAGAAGGCUGCCGGCGGAGAGGGAAGGACCCCACUACCAUCAGCUUCGGGUCUGGUGGGCUUUGAGGUCCAUGAGAACAGAGCGCCACCCUUCAUUUGCUGGGUUUCCACUACUCCAAAGAACAGUCAACUGCGGGACAGAAACGGACUGAAGUUGGACUGCAUAGGGCCACCCCUCUACCGAUAGGCAGCAGAGAGAGGCAGCUUGACCUGAAGCACCACUUGGAUGGUCAGAGGAAAUCAAGAUACAGGCUGCCACCACCACCUCCGCAGCUGUGAGUUGACAGCCGCCAUCCUCUGCCCGUCACCACCAUGGCAGAGGAUGAGUCUGCCUCCACGCCUUACAACGAAGAUGAUUUCUACUGUCCGAUCUGUCAAGAAGUUUUCAAGACGCCGGUUAGGGUUGCCGCCUGUCAGCACGUUUUCUGCCGAAAAUGCUUCCUAACUGCAAUGAAGGAGAGCCGGAUCCAUUGCCCCCUGUGCCGUGGAAAUGUGACUAGACGAGAAAGAGCACGUCCAGAGAGGGCCCUAGACCUGGAGACAAUCAUGAAAAGUUUUCCUGGUAGUUGCCGAUCCUGUUCCCAACCAAUCGAACUCUGUCGCAUGAGACAACAUUACAAAACUUGCAAAAAGUAUCAAGAUGAGUUUGGAGUUUCUUCAGCUCUUUCAAGUUUCCAACUGUCUCCAGACUCUGUGGGCAACAGCAACAGCAACAGCGAGGCUUCCACCUCUGAAAAUGCCGAGGCUUAUCUAGAAGAAAAUGCAGUCCCAUCUGAUCAGCCUUCUUUUGAUUGUCCUUUGUGCGAAGAAGCAAACAUGACCAGACAGCGUUUGCUAGAUCAUUGUAACAGCAACCACGGAGCUCAUAUUGUUCCAUCCAUUUGCCCGAUUUGUCUAUCUCUUCCAUGGGGCGACCCUACUCAACUUACCAGAAAUUUCGUUAGUCAUCUAAACGAGAGACACCAAUUUGAUUAUGGAGAUUUCAUGAAUCUUCAACUGGAUGAGGAAACUCAGUACCAGAUUACAGUUGAGGAAUCUCUACGUGUCAACAUCUAAAGACUCUUCUCAGCUCUACAAUCGCUCCUAAAGGACAAUUUACAUGAAACCAUCGUUUCAAUAACUUGAUGUGCUUUAAAUAAAAGUAAUCAGUCUGAAAAAAAUGAAAAAAAAAUAAGACAACAUCUUUAAAGAGACAUAGAUUAAAGGGGUAAAGAAAAACAAGCCAUGUAAAGAUGAAAUGUACACAGAAAGUCUGAAUUAUGUUUAUUAUUGUGUUUUAAUUUUUUUUUUUUUUACUGCGGAGAGCUAUAUGAUUCUGGGGACUGUUAAGCUAAACCAACAUAUAUAUUUUAAAGAUAUCUUGAUUUCAAAAUUUGGGUCUAAGAAAAUGUUGCUUUGGAAAAGAGGUUCUGCUUUUGUUUCUACAGAAGAUGAGAACCUAUAGAUUCCUUAUAGGCUAAUGUGAUGUGAAGGAACAAGACCCCCCAAGAGGUCUUUCUGAACCCUAGAAAUGCUUUGCCCAAUAACAGCAGGAAGUAUUUUGGAGAUAACUAUGCUCAAAUUCCCAAAAAUUGUUUAAAAGUGUUUGUUUACAUUUAAAGGGGGAUAUGCUU